AUGGAAAAUACAGAUUCUGACGGAGAAGAUGGAUCCGCAGCCCUGCGCCAACGUCAGAUGGACCGAUCGGUCCGGGAAGAAAACUUCUAUGAAUUUGUAAAUAACCUGAGUGAAGAAGACUACAAGCUUAUGAGGGAUAACGAUUUGUUAGGCAUCCCCGGUGAAAGUACAGUAGAAGAGUUACUGAAGAGACUUCAACAAAUUAAAGAAAAUUCACCGGCAUACUCAGAGGAAAAUGCAGGUGGAGAAGAGUCUUCCAACAAGAGUGGUGAGUAUCUAUUAGAUUGUCUGAACCCUUUCGGACAAACUGAAGAUGUGACAAGUGGGCAAAGAGAAAACCAAUCUUGGGAAGAAACAAGCCAGAUUAAUUCAGACGGCAAUGAUUCCACAUUCAGUUUACCAGUAAAUUCUAACCCUAAUAAUGGGAGCCCAAAUCCAGAGAAUGAAUAUGUAGCAUCUACCAGAUACUACAGAGCAUACAACACGGAAAACAGCCAAAAUCCAGCAGAAAAUAUACAAUCUGAAUCAACAUUUAUAGGAUCACCUGGAUCAGAACAAAGUACAACUGAAGCAUUAAUACAUGGACCAGUUACCAGAGGUCAGCGAAGAGCAAGAAGCAGGAGGCCCAACCACCGGAGAACCAGAGCAGGAACUGCAACAAGAACUGAAAGUCCGGCUCCAAACAUAAUUGAUGAACUUUUAGAAAGAUUUCAUUAUAGUUUAAGGGAUCAGAUUCUUCAGCCUCUGGUAAAUGAGACUGAGAACUUUCCUCGGAUUCCGCACCAGGAAACAUCAAGACAGCAAAUAACUGGACUUGAGCUGCAAAAUAGGGGUCUUGCUGCAGCUUCUGGAACAAGCGGUGCACUUCACAAAGAAAGUUCUCCAGGCACAACCAAUGACGGUGAAUCUUGCAGACUGGGAGAGAUAAAUCCAACCAUACCGCCCAAUCCUGAACUAGGACAAGUUUGUCCUAGGGCCCACUCUCAGAGAGAUAGCAUAGCUACCAGAAUUCAGUUAACAUGUGAGAUACCAAAUGACACUGUCUCUUUAGAAAGUGAACAAGGUGGAGUUGGGAAUAUAUUUCCACAUUCUGAGCAGCCAGAUGCAAGAGCAUAUGCCAGGAAUGCCAGAAUUCCUUCUCGUCAUAUCCUUUUAACUACUGGCUUCAAUGAUAUACCAUGUCCUCCAAUUCAGAGCACAUUAAGGCAGACAGUGACAGGAUCCAGUGACUUAAGUGACAGUGACCUCAGUGAGAGUGAUACUGAUUUAGUCAGUGUCUCAUCCCUAAGUCCACACAUGGAAAGGGAAGAGUCACUAAAUGAAACAGAUGCCUCUAAUGCUAUGACUCCUUCUGAUUGCAAUUCAAAUCCUAGUUCUGAUUUCUAUUCAACUUCCACAUUGAUUUCUAGCUCAGACUCCAAUUACAUGUCUAAUUUCAAUUCUACUUCUAUGCCCAGUUCCAGCUCCAGGGAUGAAGAUUCAGAAAUUAACUCAGUGAUAUUUGAAGGCAGUAACAACAUAAGCUUAUCACCAGGCUCACUGUCAGAAACAAGGCAAGAAAAUAGGUCUCUGAGUCCAAUAACAUUUGAUUACGGUGACUCCUGGGACCAGUUUUACCCCGUCUUUUAUAAUAGUGAUGACCAAUGGACAGGACUUCCCAAAGCACAGAUUGACAACUUGGCUAUAAGGUCUUUUGGUGAAGGUGAUGCAUUACAAUCCUGUGCCAUCUGCAUCACAGAGUACACAGAAGGCAACAAAGUUCACAUCUUACCUUGCACUCAUGAAUUUCAUGUCGACUGUGUUGAUCGUUGGCUGUCAGAGAAUUCUACCUGUCCUAUUUGUCAUACGGAAGUAGCAUAUUCUGCUCAAAGACAAAAUUCUGAUUGAGAUCUGAAUUCUCAGCUAUAUAUACUGUUAAAGUGUCACCUGCUUAUGACCACCUCUGGAGUGGACAACAAUUUGUAUCUAAUCUAUAGGUAUUACAGAUAUAAGUAUUUCUUCAAUGUUUGCUUUAUAAAUAUAUUAAAGUUUCAAUUUCUUUUUA